AUUUUCUCAUCAGAUUUGGAUACAGGACUAAAUACAACCUGUCAAAAAUUGUAAGAAUUUUCCUUUGUCUGAGGCUGUGAGCUUCUGGCACCCAGGCAAGAUACCGGUGGACUUUUGGAUCAAACACGGCUUGUCAUUUUAGAUGCGAGGGACAAACGCUACACCCUAAGGCAAUUGCAGGUUACGGUGCAGCGAGAACACCCAGAGGUGGUUGAAAAAUUGUGACUUGGGUGUGUGAGUUAUGCACUUCUGUGGUGGACAAGUGAGGCAGAGCAUCCACAGACAUUCAGAUGGAUACAGAGUGUUUGUGAGGUGGUUGUUGAAUGCAUGGUGAGAAGACAAGGAAGGAUUUAAGUUUUGCUUUAUGUGAAAGAUCAAGACGUGUGGAAGAACCUUAUUCCUUUUUUUCUAAUAUAAAAAAGAAGUUUUCACUUUGGAGUAGCCUUUUAUUAAGCAGGAAAAAGUAAGUAUAGGUCGCCACGGUAAUGGUAUUGGAUUUUUACUUUUGAGUUACAGGCAGCUUUGAAGGAACAAUGAAGGAGCUGGAACAAUCCAAAGAGCUGACCUGGGAUUUUGACCAAUCCUGGAGUUCAUUGCUAACACCAGCUGCACGCCUCUGUCUCAACACCUUGGAUUUUUCCGACCUCUGGGAUGAGGAAGACAGCACAGAGGAUGAGGGAACCCUAACAACUAUCAAAUCAUCAAUUUGUCUCCGAGCACCUCCGGCGCCCCCUCCUCUUCCUCCCCCACCUCCCCCUCCUCCUUCUCUCGCCUCACCUUUGCCCUCAGCUUCACCUAAAGAUGGUACCGUUAAGUCUCGCACUUUGAAGCUUCACUGGAGGGAGCUGCAGAAUCUGGCACCGCUCCCCAGGAUGACACGCUUUGGGACUCAGACCAUUUGGGCCAGACUCGAGCCGGUGAAUUUGGAUAAAAACCAUCUGGAGUACUUGUUUAAGUCUAAAGCCAAUAGCAGCAGUCUGAACAUUGUUUCAGGGCGGCAGAAGCAGCCAUCAAUAUCGGUGUUGGGAGUGAAGCGCAGCAACAUCAUAACUAUUGCCCUGAGCAGCUUGCCCCCUGCGCGCCUCCUCCCCCCUGCUAUCUACAGCAUGGACAGCUGUGUGUUAGAAAGAGAGGACAUUCAGCGUCUUCAGGCACUGAUCCCGACUGAAGAGGAACUCUGCCUGAUCAAAGAGGCCAAGGCCCAGAACCCUAAUGCCUCUCUGGCACCGGCUGAGCUUUGCCUCCUCACUUUGGGGGAAAUCCCACACUUGAGCACCAGGCUUCAGCUUUGGGCCUUUGCUCUGGAUUACGACUCCUUGGAGAGGGAAAUUGCUGAGCCUCUCUUCCAUCUGAAGUUGGGCAUGGAACAACUGGCAGCCAGCCAGACCUUCAAGUACAUCCUGGCGACAGUGCUAGCGAUCGGUAACUUUCUCAACGGAUGUAAGGCCCGUGGUUUUGAGCUGAGUUACCUGGGGAAGCUGUCUCAGGUAAGGGACACACACACUCGCCAGCCCCUGCUGCACCACGUCUGCGUGUUACUGCUGCAGCUCUAUCCAGAAUCCUCUGACCUCUACUCGGACAUCACCGCGGUUACUAAAGGUGGAAAGUGUGACUACUCCCAAGUCCAGUCUAACUUUACCCAGCUGGAGAGCCUGUGCAAAGCAUCAUGGGAGCAGGUGAAGCUGCUGAAUAAAGCCGACGAAAAGAGGAAAGGAGGAAAGGGGGAAAAGAUGAAAGGGAUAGGUGAUGAGGCCCUGGCCCCGGACGGUUCGCUCCGUCACAGGCUUCCGAAGAUUCUGAAAGAGUGUGAGGAAAGGCUGAAAGUCCUAAGAGCCGUCCAUCGUAGGGUUAUCAACAGGUUCCACUCUUUUCUCCUGUUCCUUGGCUACUCCCGGGCCAUGGUGAGGGACACCAAACCGGAGGACUUCUGCAAAACCAUCAGUAACUUUUCCCUGGAGUACAGGACCAUGCAACAGGCUAUCCUACUGCAGAGAGAAAGAGAGCGGGAGCGACAGAAAAAUGCGACCGAAAGCCCGGGUCCAAACACCCCUGUAGGAAAAAGAAAAAAUCAACAAACUCCAUCAAAGGACAAUGAUGAGCAGGGUAGGCUGGAGGAGGUACUGAGAACACCCGAGUCCAUGUCAAGAUUGGAUGUUACUUUGCCUCGAAACAGGAAGAGGAUGGCUGACCUCCAAGGUGCAUUUUCUCGGAAAAUGAAGUGGUGACCCUGCUGACAUAUGCAGAAGCAAUGUGUGAUUGUUAUUAAUGGCAUUGUUGUUACACUGCAGCUUUACAUUUAGAGCACUAUACCAGUAAGAGAUUGACAAGCGCAUGAGAUUUCACAUGCUAUUCAAUGUUAAUGAAUAAAAUGGUUUUGGUAAAAUAAUGGUUUUGAUCAAAUACAUAAAAAUAUAUUCAUUUCUAUCUCUGUCUUAAUGGAACUAAUUCAAAUAAACUACAACUUCAACAAUCAAUUGGAUCAAAUCUAUUGUGUAUGUAACAUUAACUGAAUUUUUCAUA